AUGGAAGUGGCCAACAAUGUCACAGAGUUUAUAUUGCUGGGACUGUCUCAAGAUCCUGGAACGCAGUCGAUAUUCUUUGCCCUGUUCCUCCUCUUCUACAAUGUGAUCGUGGUGGGAAAUCUGCUCAUUCUGCUCACAGUGUUUUCUGAUCCGCGGCUCCACACACCUAUGUAUUUUUUCCUCAGUAACCUGUCCUUUGUCGAUAUUGCCUAUUCCUCAGCCACAGCGCCCAAGAUGAUUGCAGACUUUGUUUCUGAGAAAAAGGUGAUUUCCUACUGGGGCUGCGUGACUCAAAUGUUUACCUUCCACUUUUUUGGCUGUGCAGAAAUUUUUAUUUUGACGGUCAUGGCUUUUGACCGUUAUGCCGCCAUCUGCCAGCCCCUCCGGUAUACCAGCAUCAUGAGUGCCAAUGUUUGCCUCGCGCUGGCAUCACUGUCUUGGUUGGGAGCCCUUGGUCACUCUUUCGUUCAAACUCUCCUGACUUUUCAGCUGCCCUUUUGCAACGCUCAGGUGAUAGACCACUACUUUUGUGACGUCCACCCUGUUCUGAAGCUUGCCUGUGCUGAUACCACCCUGGUGAAUGUGUUGGUUAUUGCCAACAGUGGUCUCAUCUCCCUCGGGUGUUUCCUCAUUCUUCUGGCCUCCUACACAAUCAUUCUAUUCAGUCUCCGAAAACGGUCUGCAGAGAGCCGGCGCAAGGCUCUUUCUACCUGUGGAUCUCAUCUGACUGUAGUGACUUUCUUCUUUGUCCCCUGCAUCUUCAUUUAUCUCCGUCCUUCUACCACUUUCCCACUGGAUAAGGCAGUGUCUGUGUUCUAUACCACCAUCACCCCGAUGCUGAACCCUCUCAUUUACACCUUGAGGAAUGGGGAUGUGAAGAACGCCAUGAAGAGACUAUGGAAUCGCAUAUUCUCCUUGAAGGAAAAGCAGGAGGGAUAG